AUGUCGUCAUUAUGUCGCACUCUCUUAACUAUGGGCCAUCGCGACAUUAUUGGUUUUUCCUUCUGUCUUUGUCUUGGUAGACUCAUUUUGCAUCCAUUCAACCCUUCAGCCCUAGGCCAUUACUGUCCACUGGGCCCGAUUCCAAUUCCCGUUCAGAAUAAGCCCCUACAUCACAGGUAUCAUUAUAUAGUACAAAGUCUACAGCACCGACCAUCCAUACCCGUAAUUAUACACUACCAGCCUAAUUAA